UGAACUAGUAGUAGGAUGCAAUAUACAGUGCACAGAAGUAACUAGGCAAAUAGUAGCAGCAUGGAUCCAAACCGAUCACCCUUUGAUGAGGAAGUGGAUCGGAUUAGCCAAAUGCAACGGUUGCGCUCGUUGGACGGACAUCGGUUCUUUACCCGAUCCAACAGCAGCAACGGUACGCAGAAUGUUUUGCUGAAGGUGCUGAACCGGGAGCAUUCGGGCUACCUCUCCACGGGGUUAAACAAGCGGUCCCACCAGCUACCAUUUCAGGAGGUGCCAGAACAGUUACAGUUCUGUCUGAAAAGUAUUGUACCGUACUGUUUUUUGAGUGGACAUAUCUUCAUGGGCUUGACCAGCUGUGGACAGUUUCUGCUCAGUUACAAACUAUCGUACGACUAUGAUGAAGCGUUUGCGAAUGAUUUCUCCUCCAUCCACAAAUAUGAGCUUUACUUUUGGAUUUACAGGCCGCAUGUGUUGUUGAGUAAAUAUUUUCACGUUUGCCUUUUUGACGACCACGGAGUGGGCGAAAUUAAGUCCGUAUCGAUAACGCAAUGGAAGACGGACGGCCAACUGCUGAUCGUGCACGGUGGUAAUUUGAACGAAGAUUCGGAAUCGUACGUGACGAUGGUGCGCGUACCGAAGCUGGGCUGUCUCGACUGCAAACAGGUACGCGAUGCGCACGAAGGUGACGAACAGCGGCAGGAUAUUCUGUGCAUUGGCUGUAACAUGACGAUCCACAUGAAGUACCGUGGUACCGAUUCAGGUCCUCGGUUUAAUCCGAACUUCAAUCUCAACUGUCCUGGAUACGUGAUUAUGAGUGAGAACAGCAUCAUUCACACCAUCAAUGUGAAGCUGGACACAAGCCGAAGCCAAGAAUGUGUGGGCCACUCCGCCACACUGAGCUCCAAGUAUUUGGGAAAUGUCAUCCCGCAGAAGGAUGCGCUGCCAGACGAGUGCAAAAAGAUGGCGCCCUGCAACGCAUCCGCCGUCCCGAAGCAACACGAAAGCAGCGGUGUGAAGAAGAGUGAAGUUGAAACGUCGGCAAAAGUCUGCGAAGGGCCGGCCACUGCUACUACACUGCUCAAUCCGGAACUGAGCAUUGCGGAACAAAUCAUUGCGGAUUUCGCAGAAUACGAGACUGAUAUGUACGAAACGAAGUGUUCCAUUCGAAGCUAUCCGGAUAACUUUGACGAGCUCAUCAUUACCUCGCCGAUUGCUUCCGCGGCGCAGCAGGAAUCAACCACCGAACCGGGUAUGGCGCAAGUGCGACUGAUGAACCAUCGUAACAACACAAACAUAGAGCUAAGACUUGAUAGCGCACCCGCCGGUGGUGGUGGCGGUGGUGCGUCGUGUUCGGCGUCGUCCGUUGCUAUGGCGGGUCCGUCGGCGAAACCGGUAUCGAUCGUUCCACCACCGCGCAAAUCUUUCGUAACUCGCGUCGAUCUGCAAUGCGGCGGUAGUUCGCCCUCUGUACCCAUGUGUGAUAUGUCAUUUACGGCUAGUUCCUCAACCACUGCGCUGGCACCAUCAAUUUCGCGAUCGCCACUGCGACGACGAUUCGAUCUGACCGACUCGUCCUAUGUUCCUAACGCGCAAAUUGCUCACCAACAGUCAAAGCUGCCCUUACAGCAAUGCGUUGUAAACGGUGCCAAUGGUGCAAACUUCCAAGUCACUUCCGAAGCGUCCGGCCUCGAGCCGGACACCGAUUCUGCUGCGAAAGCCUACGAAUUCUCGGAGGAUAAUGAGCGUUGCGAAAAGAUAAGCGCCUUUCGCAAACGACGUCUGGCCGACAAGAAGUAUGAAUUUUCCGAGGAACCCACCAGCGAGGAAAACAUCGAACCGUUCAACCGGUUGCGAAACCAAAUCCGGGCCCGCGUUACAGCGCCCGGUUAUAGUGCGUCACAUUAUCAUGCCAGCUAUGCGGAUCUAAUCUCAACUACUCAUCAUCUGCAUCGAGCCUCACCAAACCAUGGAUUCCGAUCACCGUGUGGUUCGCCGGUUGGUAAUAGAUAUCUGCGCUCACCGCCUGGUAUUCGUUCGCCUUCGUACUAUCGACAUCGCUCACCGUCAUCGCAAGGGCAGCCCGGUUGUGGUUCAGUAGUGCUGGUCGCUGGUGGCACUGGUGGUGGUGGAAUUGCGCCGGGUGCCUCCGCGGCAGCAGCCGCAGUUGGUGCUCCGAUGAAACCGAUGAAACGCAAUGUUUCAAUCGAUCCGCGCGACUACAUACAGAUACUUUCGCCCGGCAAUGGCAUUCCAGCAGGUUCGAGCGGCGAGACAGGCACUCCAGACAUUCCGAAGUUUUUCAUGGAUGCGGUCCAGAAGAUAAGUGCAAAAAGGAUGGCAAAUGAGUUGCUGCUGUUGGACGAGUCAAACAACGAAAAUAACAUCAAUGGUGAUAAUCAGCUACCGAUCAAGCGGUCCGGCAGCGUCGAUGCAUCGUCCGGAUCAUCGAAAACGGCAACCGAAAUGCCGACCUGUACGAAAAGGAUAGUCAAAAUCUACGUCGAGGAGGAUGAUGCCAACUCCGUGGUAACGAUGGAGGAUGAUGACUGCAUUUCGCCCGGCUAUCAUGCCUCACUGCCAAUGGAGGUGCACGGUUCCUGUUACUCGAAGAUGCAAAUCAUCUCACAGGCCUCGUUCGAUAAGCUCAAUUGUCCGGCAGUAGUAGUUACGCAAAAUUCUUUCGACAUGGAAGUGUUUUCGUUCCACGUGGCCAACUAUAUCUGCGCACAGGAAAGCAAAAAGUAUGGAAUCCUGUUGGAUUCGGCGUAUGAACUAACGCACGUAUGUCCUCUAACGGAAACGAUAACCUGCACCACGGUGCUGCAGUUUACGGCCAACGAUAUUGGCAACAGUAAACCCAAACCGUGCCAGAACUGUUCAGCCACCAUCGACUGCCAAACGCAUCGGAAGAUCUACCAGUGUCGUUCACUGUUCACCUGGUGUAUUACAACGGGCGAAUGGAUGAUACUGGACUACGGGCAUCUAACUUCCGGCCCGUACUUGGAGGUGAAGAAGCUGGCCUCCAACUACAAUUACUUGCUGAAGAAGUUGCGCUCGUUCACGGCGAAGUUGUUUACGGGCGAAGGACAAACCGAAGCGAACCGAACGUACGAGUAUCUGCAUCAUCUGCGAGUGCUUGAUUCGGAUACGAAGAAGGCGAAACGCCGCCUAACCGAUCUCGAUAAUAUGAUUGAGCUGUAUCUGAGGCGUCCGCGCAGGGGCGACGAUUACAGCGGCUCGGAUUCCGAUAGCUACGGUGAGGAGGAAGAUGACGAGGAAGAAGAGGAGGAAGAGGAAGAAGAGGAAGAAGAGGAGGAAGAAGAGGACGAAGAGGAUGUGGAAAAUGUGGACAGUUCCUCUGAUGACUGGUAGAAGAAACAGGUCGGUAGCUACAGCACUCUGGUGACACGAUCUGUAUAAAGUAGUAAUUGCAAUCGUUGUUUGCUUGUUCUGUGCUCUCGGGCACCUAGCCCCGUGUGCUACAGAGUCAGAGUCAGAAUCGACUAAAUCGUAUACUUUCUUUCGGUUAGUUUCGUUUUUGGAAAUUAACCGAUCUCCGUACGUCGUGGGGGUGUGUAUACUGAGAGAGCGUGUGAUGCGUGUUUUUUUGCGAUGUAUUUCUAUUUCAUUCUAUUCUUUUGGUUAAGUAACUCAGACUGGUCAAUAUUUAGGAAUGUUUCGUUGAAUGAUGAAACCCAAAUAUUCUUAUGAGACGGCCCGAACUUGAAUUUAAUCCUUUUCUUUUCUCUCUUUGUGUAAAUAGCUCACGUAAUUUUUCCACCUUUGAAUUCUAUUUCGUGUCUUAUUUUUUCACCUUAUCUUUAAUGCAUCAUUGACUGUUUGCCAUUAUGACACAAUCGUGUGUAAAAGUGUUAACGUUUAAGAAGCUGCGAAGGACACGACAAAGCAUUACUACCGAAUGAUGGUAACUAUACAUAUAUAAAGAUACUAGCAGGUGUAGCACUGGAAUGUUGGGACUGUCGGCGCACUUUGCUCGGAAAACGGAACGGGAUAGAACACUGUUAGUGUACCCGUUGGCGCGCUCCCCCGGAGGUUGUGAUUGAGCUACUUUUCAUUUGUCUCUUCUAAGAACAGGAAUCUAAAUAAACUUAAAAUUAUGAAAAUUACAUCGAAAACGAUUGCUGUUUGUUGCUGUGUCUGUUGGAUUCAU